AUGCCGAACCUCGUCGACCUCAUCCAAGCCGGGGAGGACAUCCGCAAGACAGGCGAUCCACGUACUAGGGACACGUUCCCCGUCAUGAUGAACCCAGUCUUCGUAUUCUUCUACAUCACCCUGUACCUGUACUUCGUCAAGAUAGCUGGACCGCGCCUCAUGAUGGAGAGAAAACCGUUUCAGAUCAAGACCCUUAUCAGGGUGUAUAACCUCGCAAACGUUUUAAUCAACCUGAGGUUUAUGUGGGUAUUGCUGAAGUACACGUACCUUCCGGGCGGAAGGUACAGCCUGUUCUGUCAGGGUAUCUCCGUGAGCCACGACGCGGUAGAAACGGAAUUCUUCGGACAAUUCAGCUGGUACUUCCUGAUACGAUUCGUUGAGGCCCUGGAUACCGUCUUCUUCAUCCUGAGGAAGAAGUUCAACCAAGUCAGCCGGCUUCACGUUAUCCAUCAUACGCUCGUCGCGUUUAACGCGUGGUUCUGGUUCCUGUUCGCGCCGGAAGGACAGCAUCUAUUCGGUGUAUGCAUGAACAUGUUUGUUCAUAUCGUCAUGUCUUCGUAUUACUUCUUGUCAACGUUCGGUCCCGAAGUGACGAAGUAUCUUUGGUGGAAGAAAUAUCUGACGCUGAUGCAGAUUUCGCAUUUUCUCAUCUUCAUCGCGCAUAUUUGUAUUCCGCUUUUCGUCGACUGCGGUUUUCCGAGACGCCUCGUUCCUUUCGCGGUGGCGCAAGUAUUUCUCGUCUUGGGAUUAUUCAGCAAUUUUUACUAUCACAACUACAUCAAGCGGAGUGACAAGAUAAGAAACGGUGCAGCGGCGCACGUCGUCAAUGGUUGUGGUUUAGAACGCAAUAAUCAUGUAAAAAAGGAUAAUUAA